AUGGGGACUGGUGGAGGUGAGAGUCAGGGUGAUGAUUCUCACGAGGGCGACGAUGAUCGGAGCAGCCAUCCCGAAUCCGGGACGGACGUGGCAGUGCGGAACCCUGCUACUCCCACUCCUGCAAACAAAUGCUAUCAGUGCGGUCAAGUCGACAGGUACCUCCUCCCCAAACAGGUCCCACUGAAGUGGGCCCGCGUGCGCCAGACGGAGCAUGGCCGUGAACCAGAUGGGUGGGAAUGCUGGGGUUGUGAGAAAACUCGGUGCAACAAGUUCGGACGCAUCAGUUGCCAAGCGCUAAGAAGCGCCCGCCGGCAAUCCACGGAAAUUGAAGAUGCCUUCACCACACAUCGGGAAGAAUGCGGUAUGCCUGGGUCCCGGGUAGUCAAAGGCGACCAGGUGGAUGUCAAGAGUAUCCUCAAACAGCAAGCCUAUGUGGACAAAUUCAGGGAGGGAGAGUGGGUACCGCUCUUGGAAUACCUUGUGGAAGAGGCAGGCAUGCGUCCUGCAGACGUGGAUACAUUGGCCAAGCAGAUGUAUGCUGCUGAGCAGGUGUGCAAGGUUCCCAUCCACUACGACAACCGCCAGCCGGGCGUCUUGCUAUUCAAGGGCAACCGCAAGAAGGUUCGCGUGGGUUGCCGGACUGCAGCCGAGAAGCAGCAGGAAGACAUGGAUUAUCAAGGGGAUGCAGAGGGUGUGCAAAGGAUGUUUGGGGAACGAGCCCAAGGACUUGUCCAAAUGUCUAACGCAGCGCGCAACAUCGAUGAAGUGCGCCGUGAUGUUGCCAGUCACCUGCAAGCCCGCGAGGCGGGUGAUCAGGAUGCUCCUGGGCCCGAAGAUGCAAAUCAGAACGAGGCUGCUUCCCAGCAGAUGCUUGAUUUCAAUAUCUUUGAUAUGGGUGGUGGAACAUCUACUGCGGCUGCGAAGGCAAGCAACAAGCGCGCGUCGAAAACACCGGUACCAGCGGCAGCGGCAGAGCCUUUGCUCAACCUCGGUGAAGCCACCGGCAACGGUAGCCAGAACGGACCUCCUAGUCCGGAGCGUCCGACGCAGUUGCCAGGUAAGGGUAAGGGGCGCGGUAAAAAUCGCUUGGGAGGAGGAAAUCCUUCGGGAGAUCUUGCUGGGAAUCCAGCCAAGAAGCCAAAGCAGAGCGAGAUGGACAAAGCCGAUGAUCUACUUAGAUCAACAAACGAGAAGUUCAACGAUGCUAUGUUGUGGCAGAGCCGCCCCAAGAAGAAAGAGAUCGACAAGCAAGUGAAGUUAUUGGGCGACAUGGCCUCGAAGGUCUUGUCGAUCGGUGAUGACGGUGGCUUCCAGAAGAGCAAUCUUCUAAAUGACAGGUGCUUGGAUCUGGAGGCUAAGUUUGAUCUCUUCAACAACAUCUCCAAGAACGCCAAGGACUUUGUCACGCAGUCCAUGGAGGAUACAACUUUGCAGAUUCUCCUGAACACCGAGGCGACAGUGUUGAACAACAUCAUUGUGUUCACGGCUACAGAGACGCUGAAGAUGACUGACGUGGAGAGCAAGCUAGAGGAGGGCUCCAAGCUUUUCUUCAAAGUCUGCGGCUUCAGCAGUGAGUCAAUCAUCUCAGUGCGGCUGUUGAAGCUGAAGAUUGAUCAUGAUGCUGCUGCUGCGGGCGGCUCUGUUGCUCAGAGCUACGCCGCGGACACAGAGGCUCCUGUCCCGGCUCUGCAGCAGGUGAUCUUCAGCAUGUGGCUCGACCGAGCUUGCCGUGCUCGCAUCCAGCCGAAGUUCACAGCGAUGGUGAACCAGUGUCCUGUGCCGCCAGUUGACUUCAACAAAGUGCAGCUUUCUUGGAAGCCGCCAACGUCCGACAUCGGAGACGUUGCAGGAGAAUUUUCCAGCUUGAUGAAGUUGGAUGCGCAAGUCUUACGGACAAUGCUGACUGAUUGGAGCAAGGCCACGCCACUGGAGACUUUCUUUGCCAAGAUGUGCGUUGAUCUGAAGGGUGCGUUCAGCGUCCGAUUGUCAUCGUUGCUCCGUUCGUCAACAGGGACGGCCAGGACUCUUUGGGCUUCGUUGGAGAGCGCUGCCAAACACUUCCCGACUGACUACGUGAAAGAAAUGACCGGGUCGCCCUCGACAGGGUCUUUGCGUGCGCUUCUGCAUGAGGACAAAUUUGACAAGAUUCAGAUGGCCCUUGGCAUCAUGAAGUCCGUCGAGGUCCUCCCACAGGCCCACACGGCGAACCUGACGGAGCUUGAUGAGCUCCGUACAAGCACCUCGAAGUUGGAGAAUUUGGUUCGGGACUACGGGUCCUCGGUCAUUGGCCUUCUGGAGACACAUUUGACGACGGACUUGUGGAUCCAGGGAAAGUUCAAGGAUGUGGACCCGCCGGAGAACGCGAUUCCGCCGCAUAGCGAGCUUGCGGGCCUCACGAAGUGGCUGCUUCACUUCGAGGUUUAUGCUGGAUCGGCGCAACAGCUACAGAAGCUGGUGGCGCUUUGGGCAGAGCUCGAAUCGGCAUGUUUGUUGCGCUGGACGACAGAGCAGGAUCUGACUGUGGACAGCUUCGAAAAGGCGUCCAAGGCCAUCGUGCGACUUCAGGAGUCAGCCAUGACAGGUGAGUUGGAGCAAGUUCUUUCAUUAUCGGGAGUUCCAGGUGUUCUCAAGAACGUUGGUGCUCAGAUGAUCGCUUGUGUCCGAGCCGUGGGCGACCAUAAGCUUCAGGUGAAGUGGCUUCGUCGCCUUCUCGAAGCAGGGCACUACGAGGACAUUGCAAAGACAGAGAAUCUUCGCAUUUUGUACCUGGGCAAGGACGCAGAUGGGAUCCUCCGCACGCUACGCUCUUGCUCAGAGUUGAUUGAGAUUGACGUUGCCGCGAUGGACAUGACGGAGAAAGAGUGCAUGCGGACCGCCCUAAAGAUGUACGUCCAGGUGAAAAUGGCUGAGCAAGCUGAUGUGGAUGCCGCCGGCAAGCAGGAGGCCAUGACCAAGCUGGGGGCAUUGACAGAUCAGCUACGGGAGACCUUCAAUUCCGAGGCCGCAAAGUAUGAUGAAACCCGACAGGGCCGUGCUGAGUGGGUGGCCCAACAUGCGUCCAUCACAAGCCGUCUUGCAGAGAUGGACCCCUCGUUGUUCACGGAGGCCGCGGAGUAUGGAAAGGACGAAGCAUUCGGAGCCGAGGACCUGUGGAGGAUCAUUUCGAGCCAUGAAAAAGACUUUGAGGGUACAGGUGCUUUGUUGGAUGCCUACAACAAACUGAAGACAUCCAUCCUCACUGCGCCCACAGUCGACAAUUAUGGCUACCUCGUCUCGUGCAUCAUGCUGGUUGAGUUGCUUUUGCCGGAUCACCCCCAAGCGAAUGAGAUCCCUACGCUUGCCGCCCAAUUCUACAAGUACAGUGCUUCGAAUUUGCGCACGUUGAAGAAGCAGUUGCCCCAAAAAGCCACCGAGAAACUGGAGCGCAUCAUCAAGGACAGCAAGAGCAAGAAGGCACCCAAGGAAGACGCAUCUUCCAACCAUGGGGGCUCGAGUGCAGGGCCAUCUGAGAUGCCACCUCCGACA